UGAGGGACAGAAGCCUGGGUCACUGACAUUGAGCUUGAAAGCUGAACUGCAGAAAAAACUAGAGAACAAAAUAAUUACCAUGAAGCUUUUCUGGAAGUAUCUGACCCCCUUUGAGGGCUGGUGGAGACUUUUCAAGCUGUGGUUCCUAAUAAUCCUUUACUAUGAUUUCUUGGCAUUGUAUGGAGGUGACUGCUGGACCUACCAUUACUCUGAAAAACCCAUGAACUGGACUAGGGCAAGAAACUACUGCCAGACCCAUUACACAGAUUUAGUAGCCAUACAGAACAAGGCAGAAAUUGCCUACCUGAAUGCUACACUUCCCCUACGUCGUAGUUACUACUGGAUUGGGAUCCGGAAGAUAACAGGCAUAUGGACUUGGGUGGGAACAAAUAAACCACUUACUGAAGAAGCAGAGAACUGGGGCAAAGGAGAACCUAACAACAAAAAAUCCAAGGAGGACUGUGUCGAGAUCUAUAUCAAGAGGAAGGAAGAUGCAGGCAAAUGGAAUGAUGACUCUUGCUUUAAAUCCAAGGUUGCUCUGUGCUAUGAAGCUUCUUGUCAGCCUUCAUCAUGCAGUGGUCAUGGAGAAUGUAUAGAAACCAUCAAUAAUUACACCUGCAAAUGUGACUUGGGAUACUAUGGGCCCAAUUGUGAGAAUGUGAUUCAGUGUGAGCCUUUAAGGGCACCAGACUCUGGAACGAUAAACUGCACCCAUCCACUGGAAGAUUUCAGCUUCAGCUCCAAAUGUACAUUUAGCUGCUCAGAAGGAAGACACUUAAUAGGUGCAGAGGACACUACCUGCGAGGUAUCUGGGAACUGGUCAUCGCUAGAGCCAAUGUGUCAAGUGACUCAGUGUGAGCCUUUGAUGGAUCCAGAACAUGGAAUGAUGGAAUGCACUCAUCCCCUGGGGAAAUUCAGCUAUACCUCCAAGUGUACAUUCAGCUGCUUAGAAAGAAUGGUAUUAAUAGGUGCUGAAGAAGCUUCAUGUGGAGCAUCUGGAAACUGGUCAUCCCCAAAGCCAAUAUGUCAAGAGACUCACUGUGAGCCUUUGGUGGCACCAGAACUGGGAAUUAUGAACUGCACUCAUCCCUUAGGAUUUUUCGAUUUCAGCUCCAAGUGUAUAUUCAGCUGUGCAGAGGGAAUAUCCUUACUAGGUGCCAGGGAAACUACAUGUGAAACAUCUGGAAACUGGUCAUCUCCAAAGCCAAUAUGCAAAGCAACAAUAAAUAUUCUAUCACCAAUCAAAGAGGGUAACUACAAUCCUAUCUUCAUCCCUCUGGGGAUUGUAGUCACUUCCUUCUGUGGACUGGCAUUUAUCAUCUGGCUGGCUAGAAGGCUGAAGAGAGGCAAGAAGUCUCCGAAUAGAUCUGACAUAUACUAAAAUGCUAUUUGUUAACGAAAAAUCAAAGAACCAUCAGAUCAUCCAACUUUGUGAAAAAGGAAAAGAACUUUUGAGUGAAGUCGUCGGCAUUCUUCGGUUAUUAUUUGUAGCUAUGACUCAUAGGUUAAUUACCUUGUAUAUUUUUAUGCCUAAUCAUUUAUAAAAAAUAAUUUCAGAUUUCAAGAAAAAUAAAGACCUCCAACUAUGGCCCACUGCCAAUUCUGUUUUGCAAGAACAAUAAAAUGCCAUUUUAUAGUA